AUGUGUGCUGCGAAGCAUCGUUUCGCGUCGUACUUCAUUCCUCUUAGCCGGAUUGCUCACAAUUUUCCCUCGGUGGUGAAACUGUGUCAGAAGGUCGCUAUCAUCCGUGCAUCUGGGGGAGAGUGGGCGUCUCACCUUUUGCAGCAGCUGUCUGGCAAAAAAUGUUUGCUCGUGGCCAUGGCUGCUGAUGCCGCAGCGAGCGUGCAUGAGCUGACUCGAAGUUUCGACGAUGAGUCUUCGGAUGUGAGUGAAACAAAUGCACGCAUUGAGAACUUUGCGCUGGGAAUUCAAGCGCUGUUUCAUUCAGAACGGGUGUUUGAAUUGCCUACAUUUACCAAAACGCUGUGCGAUUCUUUCGCGCGGUCUCCUUUGCAUUUUUUGCAUCACGGCAAUGUCAUGGAAAUUGCAAUAACGGAGCACGACAAGACGUAUGCGAUCAAGGUGAUGAAGGAAUGGACAUCCGUGACCUUGACGGUAUUGGAAGCGGAAUUUCCAGCUUGGCAUUUGCUCAGUGCUUUCGACGUCUUUCACUUGGGUGGAAAACGGGCAGAAACGAAGCGAGGUCUUGGGCAGGAGGAAGCUUUGAAGAAGCUGGCAAAGGUGUUUCAAGUCAACGAAGUGGAGCUGCGGACACAGUUUGUUUCCAUUCUUCCGACUGCCGAGGCGUUCCAGAAGAGGAGUGGCUUGGACAACCGAUCCGCCUGGGCUAAUGCAUUGAAUCGCCUGAGCACAACUUCGCCAAUGAGACGGAAGUAUCCUGCAACCGCGCUCAGAGAGGUGGUGUCGCACUUCAUUGCCUGGACUGCAACUAGCUCUGGCUGCGAGCAGAUGUUCUCACAUCUGAAGCGCAGCCCAGCUGAACUUGCGAGUUCCAAAAUAGACACCGACCGAAGACUGGCAGUCGUGAUUGGAAGCGAUUCCCAAUUUGACCACGAAGUGCUCGAGCGCGCUCGAGACAUGUAUGGCAAGAUGCUGCGUUCUGGGCGCGCCCGGACACAACUGAGAGAAACCCGCGUAGAUGCUGGACGCGCUGGCUCGCAAAAAGACGGCUCUCACAAAGGUUGGAUGAGAAAGCGAAAGCAGGCGGUGGACAAGGCUGCGCAGGAAGAGGAGUUGCGAACACCAGAACGACGAAGGCCUCCAGUGGAGCUGCCAGAAAGUUUGGCAAAAGAAGAGGCGAAGCAAAAGGCCUUGCUUCGAAAGCGUAAAACAGAGGCAUUUCUGGAAGGCACUCUGUUAGAUUCAGAAAUCACAGACGAUUUGAAGGACGAGGCAGAAAAAAGAAAGAAAGUCGACGAACAAAAUGACCGGCAACGCUGCAAGGCAUAUGCGGCUAUGGCCAAGUCGGUCCAUGUGGCUAAGCAUGGAUUGGCUGCGAGAAGUGCAUUGCAGAACUUGCCUGUGCCUGCGUUCUUCUUGGAAGGCAUCACGGACAUACGGCAAGCACAGCUUUUGAUUGUGCCCUCUGCAGAGAAUCUAUCACGCACGAACAAACUGAUAGCAUCUCUUUUCGGUUGCGUGGUGCUCUCUGCAUCGAUCCUUCGGGGUCAAGCAGGCGCCAAGUUGUCCUACACUGCUGGACUUCGUCGCAAGGUGCGUGUCUUUGCAAGUGAUGCAUUUCAACAGGAAGCACCUUCUCUGACGGUGGUCCUUCGCAACGUUUGCGAACGACCUGACUCCGAUUGGCAAGCGGUGUCCUUUCAGGAUGCGAGACGAAAGGAUGGUUGGAAAUGGGGCAUCGUCUUGCGGGGCGCAACGGAAAACGUGCCCAAGAACAACACAAAUUCCAAGAAACUGCUUUGUCUGACUGGGAACGGGUUAGUUGCCUGGGCAACGAGGGAGUUUGCCCUUCCUACGGGAAGAUAUGGAAGCGAAUUGCUCGCUUUGCGGUUGUUGGGGCUGCAGAAAAAAGCUCAAUUGAUAAUGACUUGUGAGAGUUGUUCCAAGAAGCGCGCAUUGCACGAUGUCAUGGUCAAAAUUUGCGGGUUUGACCCUAGUCGAGAGGAUUUCCAAGAUAUCUUCCGGAGAGAUAACGCAUCGGCACCUCGCGCAGAUUUGUACAUCGCCGGGUACCCCUGUCCGAGCUUUUCGCGGAUGGGGAAGAGGGCAGGUACAAAGGAUGUACGGGGUAUGGUAACCCUACAGGGCUUACUGUACAUCGCUACCAAGCGUCCACGGACGCUGGUUUUGGAGCAGGUUGCUGCUUUGAUGCAAGAUAAACAGCAUAGACAGGUGUGGACCUUUCUUCAAAAGGUUCUGACAGCCCUUGAUUACACCUUUGCUUAUGACAUUGUCAAUACAAGACACAUGGGAAUACCGCAGAGCCGCCCGAGACUCUACCUCUUCGCGGUAUGCCGCGAAUCUGUGACUGGACCCUUGCCAAUGCCAACGGCAAGGGAACAUCAUCCUGACUUGCACACGUUCAUUAACAAGAGUUUAGCUGGCAACGAGAAACUGCAAUUGCCAACUUACGAACAGAAGUUGGGCAAGGCCCUUUGGCAGCAAGGUGUGCCAGAGCAGGUUGUCACUGCUUUGCUGGAAGGUGCUAAAAGUCUUCCAAGCCGGACUGUGCACAGCUCCUUUGGCAUCAUGGCCGUUUCCAAGGAAAGCCGCGACAAGGCGCCAGUGACGCCUGAGGGACGUCCUCGAGAUCGGUCUCAGAGCGAGGAAUCUCGCGAUGGACCGGGCCGGGAGGAACGCGCCAGGAAAGAUGACGACCCAGAGCGGCGCCAUCGGGACAACGACGACGACAGACGCCGUGCAGACGACGACGACAAGCCUGAGGGCAGAGAGGCGUCUGAGGAUGCCAGGGCUGCCAAGGAUAAAUAUGGCAGCAACGUCUGUGAGACGUGUAAAAAAGAAGUCCGUGGUGGCAAAGCCGGCAUGAGGCUGCACAAAGAGACCAGUAAGCUUCACUGGCAAUAUGUUUACUGGCAGCGCGGCAUGCCGUGGGAGCAAGCCAAAGCACGAGCCGCGCGCGAGUGGGAGAAGGCCAUGUCGCCGAGCACGGUCCCCAACCGCCCGCGUCGUCGCCGUGAUGAUGACGACGAUGGCGACAAGGGCGACCACAAAUCGGCGCCCAAAUUGCGAAGCCGCAGCCGCAGCCGCGGAGCUGAAAAGGGCAAGUCUCGCCGCCGGAGCCGAGACACUGAGAAGGGCAAGUCUCGUACCCGGCGCGGCCGCUCUCGCUCCCCUCGCCUCCGGAAGGGAAUUACCGAAGACGAGGAGAACCUGGUGCUGCGGCACGCUGCGCUGAUCCAGAAGGAGCGUGCCUACCGCGAGAAAAAAAGGGAAGAAAAGAAAGCAGCUUCGGCUGCAAAGGCUCCUGCAAAGGCUCCGGCCCAAAAAAAGAAGGAUGACGACGAAACGUCCGGGUCGUACGAGUACGUCACCGAGACCGAUGACGAUCUGGAGGCCGGAAAAGCCAAGCAGGCUCAGCAGGCGGCUUCCGACAAAAAAAAGGAGCGCCUCAACGCAGCCAAACCCAAAGUGGCCCCAGGGCCCGUGAAGCCAGCGUCCACGGCUGCUGGCUCGUCUUCGGACGGGAAAAAGAAGGCAUCGGCUUUGGCCAGCGAGGGCCUUGGCUGGUUACAGCCAUCGCUGGCCACAGUGCCAGCAACACAGCCAAGGCUCUGGCUUUUUGGCGACGACGAGGUUUUUGUUCCUUGCGUCCACAGCACGGCAGAGCUGGAACAACGAGUUGCUGCCGGGGAAGAUGAAUCCAAAGUUAAGAGAGAACUGCAAGAAAAGAAGGCGCAAGCAAAUGAAGACCGCAAGGCUGCGGCCCAAGCGGUCUCGCAAAAAUGUCAGCUGCAGGCACAAGCCUUAGUCAAGGCGAAAGCAGGGCCAAAGGCAGCCGCCAAGGCGGCAGCAGCUGCUCAGUCCAACCCCCCGGGCAAUGGCACUGACGAGCUGAACGACGCUGCCAACAGGUCCUAUUAUUGUCAAGUGCAAAGCGAUAUUCAGGCGAUAUUGGCAGAGUUUGGAGGUGAAGCGUUCCGGCAGGAAUUGCCCCUGCCCAUCACGGGCGCAAAGGACUCCGGGGUCCAAGACCCAUUCUGCAGGACGAAGGCGUUGCAAGCGUUGGACGCAAACGCUUGUUAUCGUUGUUCAAUCAGCAUAUGGUGGGUCAGCGCCUUGCAAUCGCCUACUCCUGGAGUCCCCAUGAGUAGGCGACGGGUUGAGGACCUCUCCGAGUUCACCUUUGGGGCGACUGGAGAAGCAAAAUUUCAUAGUGACAAGAUGUUGGAAAUUGCCGUUUCGAGGUCUGACCUGGACACGGACAAACCAAAUGGAUUGCAGCUCGUCUCUCCGGAGGAAACCCUCCAUGCCACCUUUUGCGGCUGCGCUCGUGCCAUUCAGACGAAAGGUGACCUUUCAGAAGAAGAUUGGAAAGAGAAGAAAGCACGCUGGCGGGCUGUGCUCUUGUCAGUGCCGUGCACAUUUUCGAUCAUUGCAGCACAAGAUAUCUGGAAGAUAUCUUACAACAAGAGGCAAGCUGUGCUCCAGGAGCAUGAAAGCCUUUCGCGCACUGCCAUGCAGGUGUCGAUGGAGGUUGCACAAAUGAAAGCCAUUAUGGAAGCCCAACAACCAGGCAAAGGGAAGUUCUCGGCGCAGCUCUUGGCACAGGAGUUGUUGAAAGCAGGUUUGCAACCCGUUGUGGGUGGCAGCAAGCAAGACGAAGAGGAGGCAGAUGGCGGCAGCCUGACACCUACCUUUAUUACCCAAGCGCUGAACGUCCACAAGUCUGUGAUGAGCCAGCCCAGAUGCGUGGAAUUGCUCAUGGACCUGGAGCAUCGCUUCGGGACCCGAAGUUGUUUCACAAGCUUUCGAAGCUUAACGUCCUUGCGCAGAAACCUGCUUCAGCCAAAUCUCGGAUUUGGGUGUUGGAAAGUCUGCAUGACUGGUUGUCUUACGGGAUGA